UAAGGAAGCAUCUGCUGUCACAUUGUUAUUAUAUCCUACAUUUUAUAAUUUUCUUUGUUGUUUCCGCUUAAUUUGUGCAAGGAAAAACUCUGGAAUCGCUGCGACCUUGCCUAGUGCACAUCGUCAAACACUAGUGCUAGUCCUAAAAGUAAAGAAAAGCAAUGACUUUAUUUAUGCAAUCAAUUAAUGUUUGCAACCCAAGUUUUAAUUCUUCUGAUCACCAUCAAUCAUUCCACUUUCAAUCAGCAGUUAAGCCCAUGUCUUUCUCCUUUCUUCAAUUUCAUAAGACAUGAUCAUGAAUUUGGCUGCUGUUACAACAUAUGUUGUUUUGUUUGCCCUAUACAUUACUCCUAUGUCUGUUCAUUCAUUAUAUCAAAUCAAGGAGUUCUUUCCUGAAGAAAGAGAAGCGUUGAUGCAGAUAAGAGAUUCGGUCAGUUCUACUUUAGAUUUGCAUGGAAAUUGGACUGGACCCCCUUGUCACAAAAAUUCCAGUCAAUGGUCAGGCAUUACUUGUUCUAAUUGGCAUGUGGUUGGUCUUGUGCUUGAAGGAGUCCAGCUCACAGGUUCUCUCCCACCUGCCUUUUUACAAAACAUUACUUUCUUGGCUAAUCUUAGUUUCAGAAACAAUUCAAUAUAUGGGCCGCUUCCUAAUCUCAGCAAUCUUGUGCAUUUGGAAUCUGUCUUCUUUUCAUACAAUCGUUUGACUGGUUCAAUUCCAUCUGAAUACAUUGAACUGCCAAACUUGAAACAAUUGGAGUUGCAACAGAAUUAUUUAGAUGGGGAGAUACCGCCUUUUAACCAACCAGCACUGACCCUUUUUAAUGUGUCCUACAAUCAUCUUCAAGGCUCCAUUCCUGACACUGAUGUCCUUCGGAGGUUCUCAGAGAGCUCCUAUGAUCAUAACUCAAAUCUCUGCGGGAUUCCUUUGGAACCAUGCCCAGUUCUGCCUCCUGCUCCACUUGUGCCGCCUCCAUCUCCUCCUGUAAGUCCACCACAGAACAAGAAAAGGAAGCUUCCAAUUUGGAUCAUUGCCUUGAUUGUGGUUGUAGUAGCUCUUGUUUCGUUGAUGGUCAUGUUUGUUUUCUUGUGUUGUUAUAAGAAGGCACAAGAAGUGGAAACACCAAAAGAACGGCAGGCAGGGGAUGAUAGUUCACCAGAGGGGACAGACAAGAAAAUGCCGCAUUCUCAAAGCACUGAGGAUCCUGAAAGAAGAAUAGAGUUACAAUUUUUCGACAAGAAUAUACCUGUUUUCGACUUGGAUGAUUUACUAAGAGCAUCUGCGGAAGUGUUAGGAAAGGGGAAACUUGGGACUACGUACAGUGCAAACCUGGAAUCAGGUGCUGUUGUUGCUGUUAAGAGAGUAAAGUACAUGAACAGCUUGAGCAAGAAGGAAUUUAUUCAGCAGAUGCUGCUGCUGGGAAGGUUGAGGCACGAAAACCUUGUGCAUAUCAUCUCCUUUUACUAUUCCAAGCAGGAAAAGCUGAUUGUCUAUGAGUUUGUACCAGAUGGAAGUUUAUUUGAGCUGUUGCAUGAGAAUAGAGAAGCUGGUAGAGUCCCUUUGAAUUGGGCUGCAAGACUGUCAAUAAUCAAAGACAUAGCGAAGGGUAUGGCUUUCCUUCACCAGUCAUUACCUUCGCACAAGGUCCCUCAUGCCAACCUCAAAUCAUCUAAUGUGUUAAUCCACAGAGAUCGCCAAAGUUACCAUUCUAAGCUCACAAACUAUAGCUUCUUGCCUCUGCUACCUUCUCGGAAAUCAUCCGAAAGACUAGCUAUUGGCAGGUCACCAGAAUUCUGUCAAGGGAAGAAGCUAACACACAAAGCUGAUGUAUACUGCUUUGGAAUCAUCCUUUUAGAGGUCAUAACUGGGAAGAUUCCAGAAGAGACUUCUCCAGCAGGAAACGAAGAAAAAGUGGAUGAUCUUUCUGAAUGGGUUAGAACGGUAGUGAAUAAUGAUUGGUCAACAGACAUAUUAGAUGUAGAGAUAUUGGCUUCAAGUGCAGGGCAUAACGAGAUGUUGAAGCUGACAGAGAUAGCUCUGCAGUGUACAGAUAUGGAACCAGAAAAACGACCUAAGAUGAGUGAAGUAUUGAGAAGGAUAGAAGAGAUUGAUCGAACAAACCAAGAAAAUGACUAGAAAGAGACUGUUUUGAAAGCUCUGCUAAUUAACUCCCAUUCUGUUGCUAAUUAAAGUCUUCCAUGGUGUGAUCACUGCUAGGAAGGGAUCGAUGCUCGUAAUUACCAUGUUGACUGUUGAGGCUUGGAGCUCAGUUCACCUAAAGCUAACCAUGCAAUAGGCCAGGGGUUGACGAAUGGCAGGACUGGUGGGAAGAUAUAUUUAGUGCUAUAUGCCUCAACUUUAAGCAAACAACAAGAUCAAGUAUAAUCCGAAUGAUUUUUUUCAGACUGACAUUUUUGUAUUGAAUACUGGUUUUGAUCCUCAAAUGUAUCAGUUUACAUUCUGCAGAAAACAAAUAGUGAAUUCCAAUCGUCUA